CAGUCAAAAUACAACAAAAUCAACAAUGUUUAUUUGAAUUAGAUUUUUGACAGUUGGCAACAGUGAUCCCAAAACCGCCUCUAUUCAAAGUUGUAGCUAAACAAUUGAUAAACAAAGUGAAUUUAAUUUUAGCGGUUAAGUUAUAUCCGACAAUUUCUUGCAAACGAAACUUGUAGUAAAUUUAGCAAUUUUUUUUCAUUUUGUGGAUCACUUUUAGUUUUGAAGUCCGUGAAUUUUUGCAGAAUAGCACGAUUCAAUGAAACAGAUUGUAAGCCAAAUGUUUGGUCAAACUAUAAUAAAGUAAAGGUAAAUUCCUAUUGCCAAGUCGCCUGAAUAAUCUGGUUGAACAGAAAAUGACUGAAUUUUGAUUCGAAAACCAAUCAUACACAUCAAUUCCUAGGUAUUCAUUGUAUUCCCGUUCGAACGUUCGAAUCAUAUCAAGAAAAUGCCCAUAGCAAGAAAUGUUGUAAAUUUUCACUAUCUCCGAUUGUUGGUAUUGCUGUGAAAAACGUCGACAGCUUGUUCAACUGACAUUUUAUCAUCAUCAGUUUUUAAACAGUUGGCACUUGAAUGUGAAUAAACAAUCAAAUAUGUAUUUGUGUGCGUUUGAGUGCUUCGGAGCACUAACACAUGCGCGCCAAGCAUUUGGGUUAGUGUUAGUUGUCUCGAGUGAGUCAUACAUUUACGCGAGAAUUGCCGUGUCAAAGUGUAAUCGGUCGCAUGAGUGUGGUGUUGAAAUGGACUGAAAUGCCAGUAAGUUACCAAUGAAUACUGUUGAGAAGUGAAUUCCAUUCAAAGUUGAAUUUCCAUGCACAACGAGAGGGAGAGAGAGAGAGACAGGCGCAUAUACACACAUUCGAAACGGGUUGGCAGUUAAGUAUGACUAGUUGAACAGUGCGAAGCAAGCGAGGCAGCAGCAAUAUCGAGACAACAUAUUGUGGAUUUAUACAUAUAUGGAAUUUUAAGACUAUAAUGAAGUUCGAGUGAUGAUGUUAAAAACCGAGUUCAACUGUAUGUUUCGCGUGUAUUUAUAUGGAUCGUGAGCAUCAGUAGCUGUUUGUAACAGCGGCGAAUAAUUUAUACAAUUUAACUGAAAAUCGUAGCGUAGAAAACUUAUUCGAACCGUGAGAGAGAAAAAGAGCGAGAGCAGCAAGAGUGUGAAAAGCAACAUCGAUACGAAAGAGAGACAUUGACACAUACACACAUAUAUCAAACACACAAAAAGCAAAGUGAAAUAAAGUGUGAAGAUCAACAGCGAUUUGCAUUACGGAUUUUGAUGAACUUUUUUUUCUUCUACUGUUAGCUGACUGAUGAUAUACACCAGUGCCGCGACUCAUCAUAACACACUUAUCAUACGAUUACGUGCAAAUGUUUUAUUUCGUUGACUCGAAUGUUAUUGUUUUUCUUUCCGAGAAAAAAAAAUUUUUCCCUUCAUUUUCGGUGCAGUGUUAAAUGUUUUGUUGUUGUGCUGUGUAAUCAGCAGCGGAAAAUCGAAACAAAAUCAAACAAUUAUUAAAUUAAAGAAAAUAUUUAUGAACAGAAAAAAAAAGAAGUCUGCAUUAAAUACCUGAAUCGACAAAAGUGCAACCGACCGGAACGGACUGAUGAAGAAUUAAAAAAAAAACAGACCAACACACACAUAAAUAAGUGAAAGUUAAUAAGUGGCUGGUGCGCAUUGUUGGUUUAUUUUCGCAAUUUGGUGAGAUAAAAAAAAUUUCGUGUAGAUUUUUGGGCUAGCAAGUGAUUGCACACGAUCAUCACAAUGACGUCAUUUCAAGGUCUUAAGGGAUUUUUUGGCAGCAAAAAAUCUGCCGCACAUAAUAAUCGACAUAUUGCCGAAAUCGGAGCACCGACAAAUGUUGUGCAUGACAUCCAUGUCGGGAAAAAUGCACAUGGCGAAUUGGAAGGUUUGCCGAAGGCUUGGGUACGAAUAAUGAACUCACAAAUCACACAAGAUGAACAGCAAAAGAAUCCAGAUGCCGCUUACCAAGCGCUGAAAUUCUACAAUUUUUCGAUAUCGAUGAAAAAACGUGACGGACCGUCAGAGGGGAUAUUCAAACCGUUUGUCACCGAAGCCGAUAUCGAAGAUGAGUCCAAAGAAAUAGAUAAUUAUGUAAAUCUGGGGAAGGCGCACACGAGCCAAGAUUCAUUUCGCGAGAGCAGCGAAUCGGAAAAAGAAUCAAAUUCAUCGUCAUCCGAACAGUUGCCACCACCGUUGCCCGCCAAAAAAUCCACCAUGGGUUUGCCGCCCAAGCCAAAAAUUAUGCCAAAGCCCAAACACAUUCAGAUGAACAAUAAACUGAAUCAAGCCAUGCAUGAUUUGCGUGUCAUUUCCGAAAUACAAAAAAAUAAACAGUUACUAGCGCAACAACAAAUCCAGCAAAAGUAUGAGUCAUCAAUUAUAUUACCGGCCAAAGGCGAACAUCACGACAAAAGCGAGAGCGGUUUUGAAUCAAAUCGUCCACAAACGACCAUUAUCAAUGUACAUGAUUCAAACUCCAAUAAUAAUUUUGAAAAGUCAACGGAAUUGGACGUUGACCAAGAAUUGAAGAACAUUGAAGCGAUUUUGAAGCAAACCAUACCCGAUGAAGGCAUAGAAGAUCAAUAUCGAACACUGCAGCCGAACUAUGAAGAUGAACAAUUGAUAUUAAGAAACAAAGAUGUGGUGCGUCAACCGAAAUCCGAUGAAGAAGUGUACGAUGAACUGCGGAAAAUUUGCAAUUUGGACGAUCCAACACUGCGGUAUGAAACGAAAUUGGAAGUUGGAAAAGGCGCUUCGGGUGUUGUUUUCAUUGCAUUAGAUUUGAAGACCGAACAAAAAGUCGCCAUCAAAACAAUUGACUUGAAGAAUCAAUCGUCGAAAGAGUUGAUUCUCAAUGAGAUUCGAGUUUUGAAGGAUUUCAAUCAUCGAAAUUUAGUCAACUUCCUCGACGCAUACUUCCUUGAAGAAGAAAAUCACCUAUGGGUUGUGUUGGAGUACAUGGAUGGCGGCCCAUUGACCGAUGUUGUAACCGAAACAAUCAUGAAGGAACGACAAAUAGCAGCUGUAUGCCGUGAAGUAUUGAAUGCAAUCUGCUUUUUGCACGGACGUGGGAUAAUCCACCGUGAUAUCAAGUCGGAUAAUGUGCUGCUCGGCAUGGACGGUUCGGUUAAGGUGACCGAUUUUGGAUUCUGUGCCAAUAUCGAAGGCGACGAAAAAAGACAAACGAUGGUUGGAACUCCAUAUUGGAUGGCUCCAGAGGUAGUGACGCGUAAAAAGUACGGUAAAAAAGUUGAUAUCUGGUCAAUUGGCAUCAUGGCGAUCGAAAUGAUCGAAGGGCAGCCACCAUAUUUGAAUCAAACACCAUUGCGUGCUCUGUAUUUGAUCACCGCCAAUGGCCGACCGGAGAUAAGCAGCUGGUCAAAAUUAUCACCGAAAUUACAAGACUUUUUGGAUCAAUGCCUACAGGUUGAGGUAGACAAACGAGCGACAGCCGAAGAACUACUGAAGCAUCCAUUCCUUGAGGAGUGUAGCGAACUGCGCACACUUACACCACUCAUCAAAGCGGCUCGACGCAUUUUGAAACGUGAUGACAUUUAAGACGCCACUUCCGUUGGCUCUUUAUUUUCCCUUAAACUAAUCAAUUUUGAAAGCUGUAGCUAAAGCACACACACACACACACACACAAAAUAUCUUAAGCUGUACAGAAAUCGACGAAAUCACUCCCAACGGUUCGAUGCUCACAGGCAAAGAAUGACACAAGAAGAAACAAAAACAAAAUAGUUGAAUGUAGAAUAAGAUAUGAGUGCAUGUUUUGUUUUCCAAAAUCAAUUUGUUAUUAUUUUGCUUUUGGCUGGAACAUUCGGUUAAGUUUUGACACCCAAAUAUGAAAAGAAAAACACAUAAAAAAUGAGAUAUAGAAGAAGCUACAUUGCAACGAAUUACAAACACGCAAUACAGGAAUAAAAGAAUUUUCGUGUUGAUGGCUGUGAAAACAACGACGAAAAAAAACUAAAAUUAUGAACAAAAACUAAGCAAAUAUUGCGAGAUAGUGACAAAAACUAAAAACAUUGUUCAUCAUUUCCAUUAUUCAUGUUCGAAUGUAAAUUGCGCGCUUAAUUGAUUUAUGCCAGUUGACGAUUUUAUCUAAACUAUGCCGCAGAAAAAUUCGCUUCAAAGAUUGUGAAUUGUGCCUUUUUUUGGAAUUCUUUAGUUCUUUGCUAAUUCUUUCGUUUGGCUUUGAAGAAGCAACAAUUGAUUUAUGUGUGUGUGUGUACGAGAGCGAGAGAGACAGAGAGACGGAGAGAGUGAUUGUGUGUUAUCGCAUUGAUGGAAAAUACGAAGGAAGGCUUUAUUUCAUAGUCAUAUAAGAUAUGUUUGGAAAAGACAAGUCAUUAAAUGUUAGAAUUAUCAUUGGGAAUUUAAGUUUGAAAGAGAAGAAAAAUGCAAAGUCCAAGUGAAAAAUGAAUUUCGACAAGUCAUUCGGAGCAGAUGCACGCGUCAAUCGAUUUGCCCAUUGAUGGGGUUUGAUACGAUGAACCAGCGCGAUAUUCAAUCUGAACAACUUGAACAAUUAUAUCAUAUAAUUUUUUUUAGCACACUUACAACGUGCGCAUAAAUACAAACGAUAGCAUUUUAGUCCAUUAAUUUUAUCACGCUCAAUUGUAAAUUUUUCUUUUCAAACUUAUUUUUAGGCAUUUUUUUUUUAAAUUUGUUCUUUUUUCUUUUUCAUCAUUUUUUUUUCAAACAUUCAAACGAAGUAUCAUUUAGAUUUAAUUCAAUUAGCCAUUUUUUUCCAUUAGAGUAGAAAAUUGUUGAUAUUUUGCCUUUUAUUUAUUUCUAUGAAAUGCAAAUUACGCAUCAAUGAAUGAUUCUUUUCUCCUGCUUAAUAAUAUACAAUUCAUAGAGGAGACGACGACAGAGAUGACGAUAUCGUAUCACGGGUGCAGUCACUAAAUUUCCUUAUAUGAUGCGAUUGGUCGAUGCUGUUUAAAUUUGCAUAUAACGAUAUAAAUCCGAAAAGAAAUGGGAGAACAAUCAAUGUACAAUUGGAUUUUAGGGCAAAGUCGAGCAUUUUUUUUUAAUUUAUCGUCAUAAGAAUAUUGUGAACAUGUUGUAGGCCACUGGAUGGGCUGAAAAUGAUUGAUUACUCAGAGAAAAAUAUAAAAAUUAAAUGAAA